AUGGAUAACGAUACUAGAUUUCCUGCAUUGUCCGGUGGUGAAGUAAUUGUGGGUAAAUACAGAGGUCGUGAACGCUCGCAAUUAAACAAAGCAAUUGUUAUUGUUACUAAUUUUCGACUCUUAAUUCGUUGGAAAGCGACGAUUUGUGGUUGUGUUAAUCGUUCUUCUUAUUCUUCGAUCAUACUCGAUUCAAUUGAUCGCAUCGACNAUGAAAUGCUGCAAUCUGAUUGGCUUGGACAAACCAACAAACUUUAA